GGGGCCGUCUCUGGAGGGAGCAGGAAAGGAUCCGGGUGGGGGGGGACCCUCUGCCCCAGUGAGGUCAAGGGAGGACGGGGCUAAGCUUGCAGGCUCCUGGGUUUGCCUUUGUUCCUGGGAACCCCUGGUGCUGGCAGGGGGUUGCUGGAGCCAUGAAGGGCAGCCAGAGUUCCCUGACCGGUGGACGGUGAGAUUGCAGAAGGGAGCUGGGCCAGCAGAAGCCCAGAGGGGUACUUAGGGCCUUGGGGACCACCCUGUGGAGCCUGGCAGGGCCCCUCCCAUGGCUCUGGGGGAGGAGAAGGUUUCAGGGAGGGUAGUGGCUUGGCUGGCCUGGACUUUCAUUUCCCCUUGGGGUCAGACCCAGGCAUUCCCCUCCCGGAGGCUGGUCACAGUUCCUCCUGCAGAGCCGGAGCGAACAUUCCGGCAGCGACCAACAGAGGUGCCUGGGGAAGACAGACCAGUUGGGAGAAGGGGCUCUGAGAAUGGUCCCAGGCAGCCCGCCUCCCAGAGCAAAUGCCACUCGCUGACCCCGGACGUCGACAGUUCAUUAAGAAUUACAAUUGGGACAAAAUCAUAACUCUUUGGGGAGCCUGAAAGAUUCAGCAGCCCUCCUUCAAAUCCAGGUCUCAAUAUUCCCCUCUAAGCAGUGGGAUGAAUCACUCACCUGACUGUUCUCCCUGGGGCAGCUUGAGCCGGGCAGGGCCCCUCCCUCUGCUACGGCAGCCCCCAAUCAUGCAGCCCCCACUGGACCUCAAGCAGAUCCUGCCCUUCCCACUGGAGCCGGCACCCACCCUGGGCCUCUUCAGCAACUACAGCGCUAUGGACCCUGUGCAGAAGGCUGUACUCUCCCACACUUUUGGGGGACCCUUGCUCAAGACCAAGCGGCCCAUCAUCUCCUGCAAUGUCUGUCAGAUUCGCUUCAACUCUCAGAGCCAGGCUGAGGCACACUACAAGGGUAAUCGCCAUGCCCGAAGAGUCAAAGGCAUCGAGGCUGCCAAGACCCGAGGCAGGGAGCCCAGCGUCCGGGAACCAGGAGACCCAGCUCCUCCAGGCAGCACCCCCCCAAAUGGAGAUGGUGCAGCCCCCCGUCCAGUUUCCAUGGAGAAUGGAGUGGGUCCAGCCCCAGGAUCCCCAGAGAAACAGCCUGGCUCCCCAUCCCCUCCCAGCGUUCCGGAGACUGGUCAGGGUGCGACCAAGGGUGAAGGGGGGACUCCAGCCCCAGCUUCCCUGCCUGGGGGUAGCAAGGAAGAGGAAGAGAAGGCCAAGCGGCUGCUCUACUGUGCUCUGUGCAAGGUGGCAGUGAACUCCCUGUCCCAGCUUGAGGCACAUAACAAAGGUACCAAGCACAAGACCAUUCUGGAGGCCCGCAGUGGCCUGGGCCCCAUCAAAGCCUACCCCCGGCUGGGGCCUCCCGCUCCUGGGGAGCCCGAGGCCCCUGCCCAGGACCGAACCUUCCACUGUGAGAUCUGCAAUGUCAAGGUCAACUCGGAGGUCCAACUGAAACAGCACAUUUCCAGCCGGCGGCACCGAGAUGGCGUGGCCGGGAAGCCCAACCCGCUACUGAGCCGUCACAAGAAGCCUAGGGGCGCCGGAGAACUAGCGGGCACGCUGACUUUCUCCAAGGAACUGCCCAAGUCCCUGGCCGGCGGCCUGCUCCCCAGCCCCCUGGCGGUGGCUGCGGUGAUGGCAGCGGCAGCAGGCUCGCCGCUGUCUCUGCGCCCGGCUCCAGCCGCACCUCUUCUCCAGGGACCGCCGAUCACCCAUCCCCUGCUCCACCCCGCCCCCGGGCCCAUCCGAACUGCGCACGGACCCAUUCUCUUCUCCCCCUACUGACCUGAAACCUGAACCCUGAACCCCCUCCCAUUCAACCCCCCCCCCCCCCCCCACCCCGGACCCAGGCCUCCGGGCACCCAGCCCGCCCCUCCUCCCGGCACUCCCUGAAUGAUCUCUCUCCCUCCCCCCACCCCGAGGUACGGGGUUCCAGGAAAGGGGAGGGGUAGCGGGGGAGGGGGGCUUCAGAAGGGGGGAACACCCCAGAUCUCAGGGAACCCCGCCCCCUGCCCUUCCUUCUCCCCUAGAAAAGGGGGGGCCGUCUCACCCCCGAGCCCCCUUGGAGACACCCCCCCUCCCAAAAGCCAUGUCCAUCCAGCCCUUCCCCCCCAACCUAGCACAAAACGGGGUUCACAAGCCAUGGUCGGGGUCCAGGGGGCAGAAAUGGAUUUUCUUGGCAAUAAGCGGACUCUGGGACUCCGGCGCCCCCUACCCCCAAACUGAAGCGCUUCCGUGAACACCCCUGUCCUCCGCAGGGGGAGGGGAGCAGGCGGGAUCCUGGGUCCCUCAUAAGCACUUUGGUUUUACCGCCUGCAACCUCACUGUGCCCGCCCCGCAUCAUGCCCCAGCCCAGGUCUAGCCUGGCCCACGGGCAGCACUUGGGGGCAUCUCUGGCAUUUGGGUGGGACCAAGUAGAUGCCCCUAUAGACCCAUCCCCUCACCUUCUUCCUUCCCAGUCCGGAUUCCAUUCUUUUCACCAGCACCCAUCGCCCAAGGGGUACCAAGGGGGGCAAGGGGUGUCCAGUCCAAGCCCACCCCCGCCUCGCCUUCCGCAAAACUGUGAGCAAAAAGCAAUAGAAGCCUCGCCCCCGCCCCGCCCCUUCCCGCAGGAUUUGCAGUCUGUAGCCUCCCCCAUCCCAGUUCCUAGACCUCAAGGCUGUCCCCUCCCACCAGACACCUCCACUGCACAAUUCGGGCGGGGUCGUGACCUUCCCUUCCCCCACCCCCUGUGCUUUCCGUAUCGUCAGCCCUUCCAGCACCGACCCGGGAGAGGGACGGGCCCCACUGGCCUUCCCCUCCACAUCAACUCUUUCUGCUUGACGAUGUAGCAACCCCGGCCCCCCACCCACGUCUUCCCCCUUUCCCAGUCCCUGACAAUAAAAUCUGGAUUCGUUGCCCUCCGUC